AUGAGUGAACCACCGAAAUUUCGAAAUGAAAAUAAGCUAACAGACGAAGAACUAUUGGCGAUAUUAGAAACGGAUAUUUACGACCAUUAUUUUAAUGAUUCGAUACUAGAAAAUGGUUCAAGUGAUAUCGAAGAGACUGAUAUAGUGACUGAAACUAAUGAGAUAGAUGAUGUUUUGCAAGUUAGUGAUAGUGAGAAUGAUUUGGCAGAUUCUUCAGCUGUAGUUGGCCAAUCAAUAACUUAUACAGAAAAUCCAACUUAUACUUCUAAAGAUGGUAGUAUGUAG